AUCACAAUGGUGUGUUCAACUUCAGUCAACACACGAGAUAUAUUUACUUUAACGGGAAUUUCACACGUGCUGUCACGAACGUAAACUCCUGCUUUGGUCCCAUCAGUAAAUGAAUUAUCGUUUUUCUGGUUGGACUCACUGACACACUUGUGUGACACAGCACAAAAUUACUGAUAGUCAUCAUACUAUCAUUAUCAGCUGCAUCACCCUUCUUGCUCAUACCGGCAAAUAAUUUAGUGGUUGACACCUCGAAAAUGACAGGUAUUUCUAAUUUUAUUUUAUGAUUUCGGAUUUCAUUGAAACAAGUUUUGUAUCAUUACUACAAUUACAAUUCAUUGACACAGGUCUGACAUUUUAUAUGUUAAAAGUAGGCUUGAUAUUUAGAAGUAGACAUAGGAUAGAUGAAAUAAAACACUGUCGGUUUUAAAGGAUAGCCAAUGAAAGUGCUAUGGCUAUUGUUAUUAUGAUAUAAUUAUAUAAUUUAAAUUUUGAUCAUUUUCUCUUUCGCCUUAAGUAGGCUAACUAACUUGUAAUAAUUUGUUAAAAUAAAAUAAUUUCAUUUUAAUUAACUUCUAUUGAAUGAUACUAUUGAUAAAUUUAUAUCGUCUAAUCAUUUAUUUAAUUCUAAGUGUAAAAAAGUUAAGAAGAAAAUAAAAAUCUGAACAUGGUUUACCACUAAAAGUAAGUCACCACGAAAAAUCCAUGAGGGCACUGCAAUACAAAUCAAGACCCACAUUUUGAACCUAUGAACUAUGACCUUAAUUUGCAGCUGGCUAAAAAUAGCUUGCACUAAUUUCUGGGCAUUGGUAAAAGUGCGUGUUUUUAGUGACUAAGUUUGUAAUGUAUUAAAAUUUUCAUCACUGUUUGUGGAUAUAUUUUGUUUAAUUACCGUUCUCAAAUAUCAGUUACGUGUCUUAAUUAAUUAUAUCUCUUUAAAAAAAAACAACAAACUAUUAUUAUUAUUACUUUGUAGAUUCCCUAAGUGUAAGACAGAGCUUGAUUUACUCAGUAUCGGCGGUUGCCGGAGUAGGGUUAGUUUCCUACAUUGUCUAUCGGUACAGAUGCCGUGUUCCGCGAUGGGACCGGCCUAUCAACCCGUCAAUUAGGAAAGAUGAAAAGAAAGUUGGCGAUGUAUUCGACAUUGAAGAUUUAAUGAAAACACUUGAACCAGGGCAGAAAAUAAGUUUAUGCAGAUGCUGGAGGUCCAAAAAGGUAAUAAUCUACAAUCGUUUAAAGGAGGGUAGUUUCAAGUUUGUUCAUUUUUAAUUUGAAAAAGAGUGCCAUUACCAAAGAUUAUAUCGUGAAUAAGGACUAUAGGGUGACCAUUCGUACGGUACUGUCUUUACCAGCAGCCUAAAUAACUGUGUUUUUUUUUUUUAAAGACAUUUAUCUUGCUCAGUAUUUUGAGUAGUAACCAGUAUAGUUUAUUAAAAAUGAUUAAUUUAUCAAAAGUUGAAGAUCGAGUAAGUCGAGUAUGAUGAUCCAAAGUGACAUGACUGUCACUGUAAUAUUCUUUUUUUCCCUAAAAGAGCACCCCACAGACAGAAGAGUUCUCUGUGUACCGGUAACAACAAAUAUUUUUAAAAAUUUUUGGACAGCCGUGGCGCCUCAACGAAUUGAAAUGUCCAGGUUUUAAGUUUGUAAAAAAGGCCACCUUACUCUUCAAUCACCCCACUUCCAUUGCUUUAGUAACUCUAGACAUUUAGGAUUUAAACAAGAAAAGAUAAGACAUGACAUUCAUAUUCAUUUUUAGCCAGUCACUUUAGACUUUUCUGAUGCAGUUGAGUGCUAAACCAAUUUUAGAAACCAUAUGUAUCAUGAAUGCAACUGUUUCAAGCAUUACAUCAUUUUAGAAAAAAAGCCUCAUAGCACAGUCAUAAUGAGCAUUUCUUCCAAUAACUUUUUCAGUGGCCUUACUGUGAUGGUUUACACAAGGACCAUAAUAUAUGCACCGGGGAUAAUGUGGGACCUGUCAAUAUUAUCAGAAAGAAGCAGAGCCGACAAGAGUGAUGACGAUGGUCAUUAUGGAAAUGUUCAAUGAUUUUGUUGCUUUUGAAAAUGUUUUAUAUGCAUGUUUAUAGUUGGUGUGAGAAAGCUUUAUUUACUCAAGUCCAUUCCAUUAAAUUUUAGAAUUAAUUAAAUUGAUAUGCUACCAUAUCAAAUCAGUGUAGUUAUGUUUGUUUUUUCAAUAUGGGGAGAGACAGACAAACCUGACUGAAUGUAAUUACUAAUCUUAAAAUGUAAACUCCCUGUACAAACUUACCAUUAAAUACAAUAUGAGUGAAUAUAUAUGUUUACUGAA